AUUUAGCCGUGAAGACGCAGAACGCCUUUCUUUAAAUUGAAGAGAACAGGAUAACUAAACCUCAUGAUCUGCUCUUGUUGCAUCUCUGCUGCUUGUGGGUGUAGAGAAGGGUAUGAUGAGGCGUGAAUGACUCGGACUGGCUGACUGUCUGACUGACUCUUGCUCACUGCAUUGCAUAACUACUUUCACUUGCAGUCUUGACUUUCAACCUUGAACUCUUCUACUCCCUCCUUCCCUGCCCACCACAACUACACUUCUUUUCCUACAACACAACCACCAUCACCACCUUCCUGUCUACAGGACAGGGAGGCAGGCUAGCAAGAGAUACAACUCCUUGCGAUUUACUCUUGUAUCUCUACACCUCUACUGUUACUUGGCUGAUCUGCCCUCGCCUUCCCCGCAUUCUUUCUGUUCCUCACCAUCACCACCUCCGAUGUUGACCCCCGCCGAGCGCUACCAGCAGAUGGACCACCAUCCUUGGGUGAGCGAUUUCCACACGGACACCAAGAGCUCCAGCAUCGCAAUCAGCGAAUUCGAUCCCGAGGCCGACCCUGAGCGAUCCCAGGGAUUCCGUCGCAAAGACCACCAUCCACCGUCUUUGUGGAUGCGGGGACUGGGUCUUAUCGCCGGCUUGAUUGUUGCACCUCGCGAUAAACGGGCCGAGGCAGCUCGUCCUCUGCUUGGCUCGUCCUCCUCCGCCUCUUCUUCCUCCGCCACUCUUUAUCACAAUUCAUCCGUGCGACAAUUCCCCAAGCCCAGAUUGCUGCUUCGCUGUCUGCUUUACCCGAUCGCCGGUUUCUUGAUCAUGCUAGGCAUUGUGCAAUUUAUCUCCAUCGCCUGCGGCAUAGUUAUCGCAUUUUUCCCCAGCGAACUCGACCGUGCAACCGAGCGGUGGCAAUCGCACAGCACAACCCAGUCCAUCGACCUGUCCCACUGGCCCACCGAUGCCUCCCGUGACAUCAUCCCCGUGGCCUGCCACUCGCACAACGACUACUGGCGUCCCGUGCCGUUAUUCUCCGCCAUCCAGGCCGGCUGCAUCGGCGUCGAGGCCGAUGUCUGGCUGUUCGACGAGGAGCUCUACGUGGGCCACACCACCUCAGCGCUGACUCCCAAGCGCACCCUGCGCAGUCUGUACAUCGACCCCCUGCUCCGGGUCCUCGAACAGCAGAACCCGCUCACCGAGUUCCACCCCCACCGCCAACGCCCCCUCCAGGGCGUCUUCGACACCGACCCCGCCCAGACCCUGGUGCUGCUGAUCGACAUCAAGACCGACGGCCAGGACACCUGGAACCAAGUCGCCGCCCAGCUGAAUCCGCUGCGUGAGCGCGGCUACCUCACCUACUUCAACGGCACCGCCCUCAUCCCCGGCCCGCUCACCGUCGUCGGCACGGGCAACACCCCCUUCAGUCUCGUCACCGCCAAUACCACCUACCGGGACAUCUUCUUCGAUGCGCCGCUCAACCUACUCACCGAGAACGCAGCGGAGGGAGCCACGGACGCCGCUUCGCCAAGUGAGCAACAAUCGCACGACCAGCUCCCUCAAGACCUGGCCGCCGCCCCCGCGAUCACCGUCCGCGAUGACGAAACCGACAACCCGACCACGCCGGCGGAGAAUGUCGGUCAGGGCCUCUCAGGCGUCACGCCGCAGUCCGAGUCCUUCGACUGGACCAACAGCUACUACGCCUCGGUCUCCUUCAAGAAGUCCAUCGGCUCCCCGCGCGCCUUCCGGCUCUCGGAUCAGCAGAUCGACCGCAUCCGGGCGCAGAUCCGCGCCGCUCACCGCCGCGGCCUCAGGGUCCGGUACUGGGGCCUGCCGAGCUGGCCGCGCAGCCUCCGCAACCAUCUCUGGGCCGUCCUGGUGCAGGAGGGCGUCGAUAUCCUGAAUGUCGAUGAUCUGCAGAGCGCGACCCGGCAGGAUUGGAGGCCCAAGUUGUCCGAUCUGUGGAGCUAGUUAGUAGUCACAUACUAGGUAAACUUUUCUGUUUCCUUUGGAGAUGCAAGGGAAGGGUCUGAGCUAUGUGAAGAUGAAAUUCGAUAGAAGGCGUUUUUUUUAGGGGGGGUUAUUUUUUCUCGCGGCUUGGCGUGGCUUUCUUAUGAUGAGAUUUCUUAUGGUGAUACCCUUUAUCUUUUUGGCGAUGGGCCCAUUGAUUGUUUGUCUUGGGUUCUUUUACGUUGCGCUUUGUUUUAUGACUACGAGAUGCUACGCUGGUCUUGAUAUGGAUUGCUUCUUGACAGGCUCGGAUUUACCGCGACGCUAUUGUUCAUGCGUGGGCGGAGGCAUGUUGGUUUUUCGUUCUAGACUAGGUUGCUUUUGUGCUUCUUUUUGACCUCCUAGAAAGACAGAGACAAGAGAGAACAGAAUCUUCGAUAGAGGUAUCAGUCUUCA